GACCACGGUAACAAGCUAGAUUUUACACGCCACAGAGUCGCCAUGUCUUGUUAGAGCACGCCCAAUGCUUGGCAAUAACAGAGCAGGACACACAAGGACCAUUCUCUGGACAUUGACCCUUGAGGCAUUCGUCGUUCACAUCGCUCUACUGGAGACAGUGACAUUAUAACAUAUCAAGAAUACUAUUUCGAAGGCAGAUAAACACGCAGUGAUGAUGCUCACACGACUAGGUCAGGAACUCGGCGCCCGCAUUUGGCCUUAUGGUUGCACUUACCUUGUCAUAGUUGCUCUGGUGGUAGUAACAUCAGCACAGACCUCAUUGGACAGUACACAGGGUUCCCACGAACUCGACAAUGAAAUCUUCCGGAAUUUGUGGGGUGCAUAUGUAUUGCCUAUUCUUGCAAUGGACUUAAACAAAAAGUUAUCUGAUAGUGACAUGUCGGAGUCGUAUGGCUAUCUAGCAGAACAUCCAAUUGACCAGAGUAACGCUUAUCGACAAAAAAGAAAAAGCUUUAUGGGAAUGGACAAUAUGGACAGAAUGUUUGCCUCUCUGAACUCUAAACCCCGUUUCAUGUCCAUCGAUAACAGUUUCGGCAGUCUACAGAACCUUCUUCUAAAAGCCGGUCGCAAACGUCGCUAGAUGCUAACAACAACGACAACGCUUUCAAUACAUAUUCAAAUGUGGCAAAAUGAAACUUUCAGUUGCAAUUUAAUUCACUGUACGUCCAAACAUUAUCGCCAUUACCUCAAGGUAUAGCGCAACACUUUCCUAAUCUACAAAUAGUGGUAAGAAUUACGUUAGUCGGGCGUUUAAUCUUCAAUUUGAUGUAACAAGUCAUACGACUGCUUAACAAUAAAGGAAAAAUGUAAUUCUUUUUAUUAAAUGAAUACUUUGGACAAAUUAACUUUAUUGCUAAAAACAAUGUUAUUACAUGUGUGUGUCCUACGAAGACAAUCGUAAACUGUCUUAAAUGAAUGAAUUGUUUUCUGCGAAGAACGGGUCUUAUAUCGUUUAGUGAGUUCCUAUUUUAGUGAGCAACUAUUUACGCAUUUGAACUGAAAUUUCCCAUAAAUGAAAAAAGGCCCAAUCAGGAACUCUUCAAGACCUAAACGCCACAAUACAAGACAGCAUACUAAAACAGGCACUCUACAAGAACAUAACGCAACCAGACAUUACACUCAAACAGGAACUCUACAAGGGCACAAGAGCAACAGACAAUAGACUCAGAACGCCAGACAAUGGAGGUGAUAUUUAGUAUCUUUGAGCGACCCGACAACAACCAUUUGCACAUGCGGCUAGAAGAGAGCGGUCACCGUCACAAGAGGGCAGCAGCCAAUCUGAUGACAAAUGUCUUUGAGGGUGCAACACGGCUAUUGCUCUACCUACACCAAUAUAUUCGAUACUGCCUUUGCAAAUACACAUUUCAUUUUUCACAUUAAGUAUCAAAUCAAUAUUUUGAUGAAACCUGUGUCAUAUUUCAGUAAAAUGUAAUAAAUAAUUUCAAUUUGUA